AUGAAUGCAGUAAACACGGUUAAUUAUGAACCAAUUGAGAACUACUUUGACAAAUUUUGCGUGUCCACAACCUUUGAAGGAAUUGUUACAGCCUUCGAAAGGCUGUGUGAUGCGGCGAAUUUAGGGAGCCUACCAGGCAGUGGUCAAUUCUACAAGGAGUUGCGUCGAAGACUUUCUUUUUACUGGAAGGCGGAAGCUCUUUUUACGAUCUUAGAUGUCCGCUUUGGUGAAAGGAUAUAUGGAGGCCAAACUAUUUGCCGUAAUAUUCAGGUUCUUGUCGUCGGCUGUGGUCCCUGCGGAUUGCGUUGCGCUAUAGAACUAGCGCUCUUAGGAGCAAAUGUAGUGAUUAUCGAUAAAAGAACAUCUUUCUCAAGGAACAAUGUACUCCACCUCUGGCCCUACCUGAUAAGUGACUUGAAGUCCCUGGGAGCAAAGUCGUUUUUCGGGAAGUUCUGCGCUGGCUCAAUCGACCAUAUAAGUAUCCGUACGCUGCAAUGCAUUCUUCUUAAAGUGGCCCUCCUCUUCGGUGUUCAAGUUGUCUCCGGCGUUGAAUUCCACAAGCUCAUUCAACCCUCGGACGACACCGAGGAGUCUGAUGUCUGCAGUGGCGAAAAUGGGUCAAAGACGCCAAGAUGCAGAGGCGAGCGUCCCCUGAGGGAUCUCUUUACUCUCUACGAGGGCAAGCGGCGGGCGCGUUACGGCUGGAGGGUGGAGGUGGCGCCUAGCCACGAGGCUCUAUCCACCUUUGAGUUCAACGCUAUCAUCGAUGCCACCGGCAAAUCCAGUUGCUGUCUCAACUUUCCACGCAGAGCUCUCCGCUGUCGUCUGGCCAUCGCGAUCACCAUGAAUUUUAUCAACUACGGCUAUGUGGAGGAGGCCCAUGUGGAGGAGAUUUCCGGUGUGGGCAGCAUCUUCAAUCAGCCCUACUUCGCACAGAUCUCCAAAACGCUGGGCAUUGAGCUGGAGAAUUUGGUCUACUACAAAGACGAGACGCACUACAUCGUCAUGACGAUUAAGAAGAGGUCUCUUCUUACCAAAGGCGUCUUAAUUAAGGACCUGGAAGACCCGGUAAAGCUUUUGAGCGCAGAGAACGUAAACUUCUCCGCACUGGAGCAGUUGGCACGAGAGGUGGCGACUUUCGUAACUCGAGGUGGUCUGCGCCGCCUCGACUUUGCGUUGAACUCGCGCGGACAGCCCGACGUGGCGGUUUUUGAUUUUACUAGCCUCAGCGCUGCCCAGUACGCCUGCCGAGUUGUCGAUCGUAAGGGUCGUCCUCUCUGUCAAUGUCUCGUUGGCGAUGCUCUUCUUGAGCCCUUUUGGCCACGUGGGAGCGGGUGCGCGCUGGGCUUCCUUUCGGCUCUCGACGCCGCCUGGACAGUGAGUCUGUUCGCAGCCGGACACCAUGCGCUGCGCGUCAUCGCUUGGCGCGACUCUGUCUACCAACGCCUCAGCCAGACCAGCCCCUCUAAUAUGCCGCCAAACUUCGCCGCCUACUCCUUCCUUCCUACCGCUCGAUAUACCUGCAUCGACCUAGAGUUGGUUCGUCCAAUGCAAGUUCGUCACCUCUAUGACUCAGAUGUGACCGCCAACAUGACGGAGCGCAAAUCCUUCGCCUUUCUUCGAGACUCCGUCAAGUUCGACGAUCCGGAUAUCAUACCCACUGCCACCAUCAGUGCCGCAAAGCAGAACGACUGCUCCUUCAAACCCACCUUCAGUCCGCAUAUCAGCCUCCUUAAGUGGUAUCAACAACGCCUCUCGCCCUACCCUGACACUCUCUGCCCACCCAUCAUCGACUUGUCUGCCGAAACGUGGGCGGAUGGCCGGGCCCUGCGGUGUCUGCUCCACAAGUACCGCUCCGACCUAGUGUCCGAGGAAGCUCUGAAGAUGGAAGUGGCCAUGGGUGUAGGAGAAGUUGUACGCCUCCUUGCCGAGUAUUUUGGUGCUCCUAGCACUCUGGUGGACACGACAUGGCUCCAAUACCUCGACGUUCUUCAUGACUGCCUGAAAGACCACGACCCUGCAUUUGUGGCUAAUAUGACUGUUCGGGGACAGCUUGUGGCUAAAAACGGGGUACAGCAGCACUCCUUCGUGGUUGCUUCCUCUAGUGACUCGAUUCGUCCCUUCAAUCGGUGCAUUGAUCCUCUGGCCUCGCCGCGGGUUUCCUCCAGGACACGUCCUCUCCUUUCGCCCCGAGUUGAGUGCCGUCGAGUGAAUGUCCCUAUGCUCCAACGCAGUUUGGAGAAUCCGAUGGCACGCGCUGAACCUCCGUCCACUUUACGCGCGAGGGAGGAUGCUUCCAGUGCCGUGAAGAAGGGUCUCAUGGCCAAGCGCAGGUCCGAUCUCAUCGCGAUGCUCAAUGAUCCGGCAUCGGCGAGACGGCGCAGCCUCCUGAUCGACUGGGAGAGGGCCUUUGAGGAAGGCGGCCUGCAGCCUCUUCCGAGCCCCCCUCGGUGCCUCUUGCCUCCCCGGGACCAUCAAUCAAGUAACGGUGCUGCCAGCUUUAGAGAGAAAUCUCGAGAUUUCUGUGCUGUCUGCAAAAAGCCCCUCUACGCAGCUGAAAGUCGAGCCUACGAUGGUUUUCGCUUGCAUCCGAACUGUUUCCGUUGUGUCGAAUGCCACCGCACCCUUCGCCCAGACAUUGCCCACUGCCUGCGUCACCAGACUAACCUUGGGGUGCGCGCGCACACCCUCGUCUCGUGCACGCGUGCGCAGGGGUGGCGCAACACGCACCAUUCAGAGGCGCGUGUUGCAUGCGACGCGGGUGCGGACGUGCGAGCAGCUGCCUGCUUCGCAUCAUCACUCAUUUUAUCAAGUCAGACUCUUCUCUGCUCCCGCUCUCCAUCUCGAUCUCUUUGUCGCCUAGCUAAAUUCUACUGCACAGCGCACUUUCAUCCUGCGUUGACGAUCGCCGAAGCGACUACUUCAGGCUCGAGGAUAUCCACCAGGAAGCCGGUUCUCCCGAAACCACGUGCACACAAUACCCCAAGCUUAUUCUCCCAGCUGGCCAAUCCGGCGUCGCCGCCAGGGUUACGUUGGCAUUCGUCCAAUAACAGUCCAAUGACCACCGAGGGGGUGGAGCGUGCAAAACCAGGGGCGUCCGCGGAGCUGCGUCGUAGGUCUGCUGCUAGGGGCAUCCGAGACGAACCUGCCCCGCCCAUCCUUCUUACCUCCCGCAACGUCCCGGGCACCCUCGGCCUGCCCGAGUGCGUGCGUCGCGCGGCCUUCGACGAGCGCCUCUACCGUCUCAACGGUUGCCCCUCUCCGGAUGACUUUAUCAGCAAUCGUACCUCUCGAAUCCUUGAUGAGGAAGAGGACUGUUUUGCUUCCAGUGAAAACGAACUGUCAGACCGUGGGUUAACAACAAGCAAUAUCACUUCGACUGCCAGUGAAUCUCCUCCGAUGAGCCUGGACGAGGCGAAGCACCUUUGUUGUAUCAUGCGUGAAAAAAACUUAUACCGACGUCACCAUCCAUCCACAGGGAGCUCUUCCGGCAGUAGGGAAGAAGAGGAGGAAAAGGAAGAUGACGAUGACGAUUCUAUGAGUGACGAGGACAGCAAACUCGUUAAUAUGGACACCUUCGACACACCCCAACCGAUCUCAGAGUACGAAAAUGUCCGCUGGACCCUUGUCAGACCUCCCCCCUCGCCCGUUUCCUCCGUCGCCACAAACGCCAUCGGCGCUGUAUCCUCCACUUCUGCUGCAGAGCCCUCGCUACUGGUUCGGAAGUACGGACUCUCUGGCUCCAUGCUUCUAGCAAAACAGCGCUUCUGUAUGGCGGAUCCUGAGCCCAUACACAUCGACCCACGCGCAUUCAGAGCAACGAGGAACAAGGAGCGUACCAUUGAGACCACCCUCCCCGAUUGCACCGAGCAGGUGGAGUUCCUACCCGACGCAAAUCUCACCUCCCUCCCCCUCGCUGAAGUCGGGCACCCUUCAGUCGAUGGGAUAGAUUUCUCAUUGACGUAUGGAUUGGUCAAGGUGAUUCCCCCCCACUCCUCUUCCACCCAACUUAAUGUGGCUCUCCACACUGACCCGGUGGAGCCACUGCCCUCACUGGUGUCUGCGAACCUGCAGGAGUUAAGUGUGCACGAGGUGCUGAAUCGCAGUGACGCAGUGGUGCAUCACGCCUUCUCAUCCACGUCCCGCAACAACCAUCACCAACGCCAUCCUACGCCCCACAGUGUCCGCGGUCACUAG